AUGCCCGACCAGAUCAAGAAAGAGCCCACCGAUACGACGGGCCUCAAGUGUCCAGCUGGCGGGGCUGGCAGACAGUCUCCUGGAGUCAAGCAAGAGGACCCCAAGGACCAGGCCCCCAAGCGCCCACAGAGCCAGGCCGUCAAAAAGAUUAAGGUGGUCAGGAAGAAGAAGAAGGAGGAAGGCAAUACCAAGGAACCCAACGACCCACAGAGCGAGGCCGGUCAAAAAUCUCAGGUGCUCGAGCAGUCUGGGAAUCAACCCCCGACAACAACUUUAGAGAACAGCAAUAUGCCGACAGGAAACCCAGAUAAAGAGGCCGGUAAAGCCCUUCCCGCGCAAAACCAGAUUGAGGGAGCUAAGAUACCGGCCUCUGCGGCCUCUGCGGCCCCAGAUGGCGACGGCGCGAGGCAGCUUCCCGCGCUGGCGAAAAUGACGCCUGAAGUCAGAGAUGAGCUUUUGAAAAUCCUCCGCCAGACGGACCGCGCGCUCUGCCUCCACUGUCUCCAUGACUACAGGGAGCACCCGGAGCGGAUCUGCACCUUCCGGAGUGGCAACCAGCGAUGCGAUGGUUGCGCUUACCGAGGCGUGUACUGCCUCAAGCUGCUGGUGACCGAGAAGCGGCCCUGCUUCCGGGCCAUUCAGAAACUCGCCUAUGAGAUCACGGAGCAUCGGAUCCACAAGGAGGGAGUGCCUAUCAGUCGUCAGGUAAUGGACGCCUACGACACGGCCCUCGAUGCGGCCCUGAGCUUUGCCGAUGCCGUCAAGGACAUCAAAGACCUCAAGGAGGACAGAGACAAGCUUGCUGCCACCCUUGUCCGGCUCCUCCAGCUUGGUGACGAUUGCGACUCCGAGGAGGAAGCUCUCCAGUGGGCCAACAAGUGCGGAUGGGAGUUGGCCAACCUGAGGCGCGAUGACCAUGCCGCCGCCAUGCGGGGCGGGCUUGUUCCAGGGUCGAGCCUGAGCCUCACCGAUAACCUCAUCAAGUCGUUUGUCGACCUCCGUGAGGUCACAUCCAAGCGCUGGCAGGCCGAAGACAAGAACAUCAGGACCAUGAAGCAGCUUGAGGACACCAAGACCGAGGUCGAGGAGCUCAAGCGCGCCAAGAAGAGGGCCGAGGAUGCCAGAGACAAUGUGGUCUCAGAGCUUGGCAACUGCAAAGCCGCCAUCCUUGCCGCUGAGACCGCGCUCGAGCGUAGCAAGCUGGAGUAUGCUGCCAGCAUGGAGACUAUGCGAGUCUCAAACGCGGUGGCCCUCCGCAGCCCAUUCCCUGCCGCCGGCCAGCACUCCCAGCAUCGCCAGCACAGCCUGGCCCCUUCGACCACCGAUGUCACGAUGGCCAAUAACCUGGGCCCCAGUGACAUUCAUCGCCUACCUGGCUCGGUCAAGGCAUUGCUGUUCAAGCACAUUGUCGCGGGACUUCCCAGCCUGGGCAAGUCCAUCGUGCAGCGUCGGGUCCCCGGCACCAAGGUGAACAGAGAAGCCAUGGAGCUCUACUAUCUCGGCAAGCCCAUGGACUUCCGGUCCUCCCCCGCGAUGCUGCAUUACCUUUACAACAACAGGUUAAGCAUGCAGCUCCCCGGCGUCAAGUACCAGUGGUCUCGAGGCGACCACUCCCACAUGCUGAACCUCGCCCUGACCUGCAGGGAGGUGAUGGUCAGGGUCGUCCAGACCCAGGCCUUGUUCUACAAGGGCUUGGGUUCGGCCUCCAACGGGCUGGUAUAGUUAUAUCCCAUCCCCGGCUUCCACCCGCACAUCCU